AUGAAGAUGGAAAGCUAUCCAAUGACAACGAAUAAACAAAUAGAAUAUCCAUACAGUGUCAACGUGAAACUGGAUCACCAGAUAAAUGGAGAAACAGCUAGUCACAAUUUAGUAAGGGGAGCUGGUAAUGCUACGAUUACAAAAGGAGACUCUGAAAUGAAUACGAAUGGGGUUGGAGAAGAGGUACCACACAUAAAGGCAUCAACGUCAGGUUCAGUAAGCCCUAUGCAUACAUCAUCUAAUGGUGUGAAUAAUGAUAGAAUAAGCUUGGAUGUCUCCAAGCAUAGUCCAACAACAUUGUCUGUUUGUAAAAAUUGCCUUACCUCGACGACGCCACUUUGGCGACGUGAUGAAAAUGGAGCUGUUCUAUGUAAUGCUUGUGGUCUUUUUCUAAAACUACAUGGAAGACCCAGACCUAUUAGUUUGAAGACUGAUGUCAUUAAAUCUCGAAAUAGAAAGGGGGGCAAUUCGAAUGGUGCUGGCGGUUCAACACUUAAGUUUAAUAAUCAGACAUCGUCUUCCAUUGCAAAUAAUAUUCAUAAAACAUAUGUUCAAAUUGAAAAAAAAAGGAAACGAAGUGUAGGUGAUAUAGAGGUCUCGAACGUACAUAAUUCAGGGGAUAUAAAUGCUCCACUAACGAAAAUACGAAGCAUUGAUACUGAAUUGUCAAGUGAUAAUAUUUUGGGAAAUGAUCUUCGAAAACAAAUUGCCAAUGAUAGAAAUCUUAAGGGGUUUCAAAGUACUUUAAAAAGCGGCGAAGCACCAAGCAUGCAGGCACAAUUGCCACACCUUUCAUCACUCCUGAACAACAUGGAAAACCUUCCUAUAACGAAGUCAUCCAACGAUGGAAUCAUGUAUAAUAGACAGAACUCAACCGUGUCAUCACCUGGACUCAGUCCUCAAUCUAUUUCUGGGAAUAACCAAUUAUCUAUGCCGAUAGUAUCUCUUAAAGAUGUCUUAAAAAAUGAUAACUCUGACACUCCAACAUCAGUAAUAGGUGUUAGAGAUCACUCUCAAGAUAAUUCUGCACCUGUAAUCAACCGUGAUAUUCCUGUAAACGUUAUUCUGCCGUACGAAGAAGAAGCAAUAAGAUUGAAAGCCAGAAUUAAUGAGCUGGAGUUGGUGACGGAUUUAUAUAAAAGGCACAUUUUUGAGUUGGAUGAUAAAUGUAAGAGAUUGGAAGAAGAAUUGAAGGAAAAGGAAGGGACCCUCAAAUCGAUUGGCCCUAAUGACAAAUCAGAUAAGUAA